AUGAGUUACUCACCUUAUAGAGCCCCAGAAAGAUCUACGGAAGCUACACAAUCAGAGUUUCCAAUGAGGCCUCGAGUCGUUCUCACUCACCAGAUUGUGGAAUCGACCUUAGUGAACUGCAGUUCUGAUGUAAUUGCACUUAGCUUUUUCUUGUGGUGUGCUCGCCAACCGAGUUUCUUCCAUAACCGUCGGUCGGAAGACCUUAUGGUUCCUGUCGUCGGCCGGCUCACUGACCGGUUUAGGUCUGUUAAGGAGCUUAUUAAAGGGUUAGUGAGAUUUGGUUUUGUUACGAAGGCAAAACUUUUCUUGGUUCUUAUAGAAAUCUAUGAACGUGGAGGCAUGUAUAAAUUGGUAUUGGAGGCUUAUGAAGAGAUGCUUAGGUAUGGGUAUUCUCCAAACACGUUUGCCCAAAACAAGGUAAUAAGUGCCUUGUUCAAGCUAGGGUGUGUUGACGCAGCCAUUGGAGUUCUUAACAGAACAGGGGAACCGAAUUUCUUGACAUUUAGUAUAGCAGUUCAGAAUCUAAGUAAUCUGAACAACUUGAAAGGUGUUUCCGAUGUCAUGAGAAUCAUGUUGAGAAAGGGGUUUCAUCCUGGUAUGGAAUUCUUUUUGAUGCUCUUAAAUUGGUUAUGUAAGGGGGGAAGGCUGGCAGAGGCAUUACAACUAUUGGGUUUGAUGAUUACAAUAGGUCAUUCCCUUUCAGUACAUGCUUGGGGUAUAUUGAUUGAUGGGUUCUGUAGGGCUGGUAGACUUGGUACAGCGAAUCAUUUAUUGGAGAAGAUGAUCGAAAGUGGGUAUUCACCUAGUGUUGUAAUAUAUACAUCUUUGAUUAAGGGAUUCAUGGGAUCUCGAAUGUUCGGUAGAGCGUACAACGUUCUGAAUACCAUGGAAUCCAAAGGAUGCUUGCCAGAUUUGGUUUUUUACAAUGUUUUAAUAGAUUGUUUCUCAAAGAUUGGGAGGUAUGAUGAUGCACUUGAUGUAUUCCUUGGGUUGUCAAAACAAAAUAUAGAACCUGAUUCUUAUACUAUUUGUUCUAUAUUGUCCACUCUAUGUUUGUCUGAGAGAUUUGAAAAAUUUCCCCAUUUACUUAAUAAACUUUUUAUAUUGAGUCUAUCAGCAGAUUUGGUGGUCUAUAAUUCUUUCCUAAAUUUUUUAUGUAAGGCUGGGUUUGCUUCAGAAGCUGUAGAUUUCUAUAAUGACAUGGUGCAUAGGGGAUUUACACCAGAUAAUUAUAGUUACGUAGCAUUACUUAGUGGAUUAUGCAGAGCAGGAAGAGUUGAUGAGGCAGUUAAUGUUUACCAUGGCAUUGUGAUGAAUAAUUCAGCUCAUGAUGCUCACAUCCAUACCAUAAUCAUUGAUGAGCUCAUCAAACUAGGUAUGGUACAUAGAGCCAUCAAAUUGUUCAGAAAGGCUGUUGUCAAAAAGUACCCCCUCGAUGUUGUGUCAUAUACUAUUGCAAUCCAUGGGCUUCUCCAAAGUGGUAGAAUUGAGGAGGCUCAUACUUUGUAUAGGCAGAUGAAGGAACUUAGUGUAGUUCCUAAUGCAUACACAUUUAACAUUAUGCUUUCUGGCUUAUGUAAAGUGAGAGAUAUUAAGUCAGUUAAGAAGACCCUAAGGGACAUGGCUGAUGAAGGGAUUGAGCCAGACCACAUUACAUUCAAUACAAUCAUUGGUUUCCUGUUUAAAUCUUAUCGUUUUCAUUCAGCCAUUCACCUGUUCAUGGAAAUGAGGGAUUUGGGGUUGAUGCCUAAUGAGACUACUUAUGCACUGUUGGUUGAUGGUCUUGCCCAUACUGGAGAAGUAGGUGAUUUAUGUUCUCAACUGUUGGAAGGUUAUUUGGAAGAUGGUUUAUCAAUGAACGAGACAAUGACAGAUUUUGAGUACCCUCCUAAUACAGCUUUUUCAGUAGGUUGA